AUGGCCUCCAUACCAAAAACAAUUAUUCCAAAAACAGGACGACUCGUCACUCGACUUGGCUUUGGAAGUUAUCGUAUUUCGAACGCUACACAUGCAAAGGCUUUACAAGCAGCUCUAGAGGGAGGUGUCAAUAUCAUUGAUACCGGCAGUAACUUUGCAAAUGGUUUGUGUCUCAAAGGCGCUUCCGAGACCAUCAUUGGUCAAACGCUACAAGACCUAUCCGCGUCAAGCAAGCUAUCUCGAGAAUCCAUAACACUUGUAACGAAAUCUGGAUAUUUAAGCAGCUCGGAUGUUCAAGCUUUCGAUGCUCAAAAAGAUUAUAUUCAGUUGAGCGACAAAAUGUUCCAUUCCAUCAGUCCUAGGGUACUGGAAAAGCAGCUUGAAAUGUCGUUGAAGAGACUCAAAACGAGCAAAAUAGACAUCUUCAUGAUCAACUCACCCGAAAGAAUGCUCAUGGCGAAGAAUAGGAGUUACACUACUGCACAUCUGUAUAAAGAAUUAGCAGAAACUUUUAGAUAUCUUGAUGGUUUAGUCGCAGCAGGCUCUAUGGGUGGAUACGGUAUUUGCUCCAAUACAAUGGCAUUCCCUAAUGCCGUAGACCAUAUUUCGUUAAAUGAAAUAAUCAAAGCAUGCCCCAAAAGCAAUCAAAAUUUGUUGGCUAUUCAGGUGCCAUUCAACCUCUAUGAACGUGAAGCGAUUGUCAAAGCAGAAGAUGAUGUGGGUGCAAAAACGGUAGCGCAAAUUGCUGAAGCGAAUGGUAUCUAUAUUAUGACAAAUAGGCCUUUAAAUGCUAUUGCCAAUGGUCAAGUGCGAGUGUUGGCUAAUCAUGAACUCGGAGCCAAUGGAAAAGGACCAGCUGAGCAUGAGAUUAUGGCCGAGAUGCAAAAAUCCUUUGAAAAUAUAGCCAAAUUAGAAUCAGAGAUAGUAUCAGAAUUGCCUGUCGAGGAAGAAUCGUUGACAUCCAAAUUUGUGUGGGGUCAAGUUCUGUCCGAGAAUUUGGCGCGUUUAGCGCAGAAUCACUUUGCUACACGGCAUUAUUUGACGCAACAAGUAUUGCCUACACUGGAUAAGGACAUGGCCGAAUUUUCAAAAUAUGUUCGUUUGCAAGCCGCGGAUAACCCAGAUAGUAGCAAUAUGUUGGAAGAAUGGAUGAAAGUUUAUAAGGAGAAUAUGCAUGCGUUAAUAAAAAACAUUAUUGAUUAUGCUUACAUCGACACACUGCGGAAGAAUAAUGACUUGGACCGAAUUAUUAACGCUCUUUGUCCAGCUUUACAAGAUCAGCUCCCUCCGUCAGCCUAUUCACCAUUGUCAAUCAAAAUGCUCAGACUAUUAUUAUCCCACAAAAAUGUAGGAACUGUAUUAACAGGUAUGAGAGACCCUUUAUAUGUCAAUGACGCGCUAUUUGCAGCGCAACAAGAACCUAUUCAAAAGGAAUAUGUCGAUGAUAUCUGGAAAUGCCCAGUUUUUUGGUAA